AUGAUCCUCACAGCCCUCCUCCCCCUCGCCCUCGCCCUCCUCCUCCCCUCCACCCUCGCCAAACCAAUCCUCCCAACCCGCCGCGCAAACGAAGACGCCCCCCUAAACGCAACAUCCAUCAUCGCCACAACAGCCCCCAAAUCAACCUCCUGCGACGGCGUAACCACCUUCGCAGACGAAUGCGCAACAGCAUCCCACGUGGCGUCCUACCUGCCCCAAGCCUUCCAGAAAUACAACGUCACGACAAAAGGCGAAAUGGCAGCCCUCCUCUCCCUAAUGGCCUUCGAGACGGGCGACUUCCGCUACAACCGCAACCACUUCCCCGAACCAGGCCGCCCGGGGCAGGGCACCCGCAACCUCCAGAUGGCGGGGUACAACCUCAUGUACGCCCUCUCGAUCCCGGAACUGAAAGACAAGGCGACGGAGAUCGCGGGCGGCGUCACGGACGGAAACAGCUUGACGGACGACAAGAAGAACCAGAUCCUCGAGCUCGUGAUGCCGGACGACUACACCUGGGGCUCCGCCGCCUGGUUCCUCACGACGCAGUGCGACGCCGACGUCAGGGAGAACCUCGCGGCCGGCACGGUGAAGGGGUUCACCCUCUACAUGGACUGCAUCGGUACCUCGGGCACCGAGGACCGUGUCGCGUACUGGGCUAGGGCCAAGGGGGCUUUCGGGCUGGCAUAA